GGCCCUCGAAGGCGCUCUCUCCGUCUCCAGUUUGACAACAGAGCUGUAGCCGAGCGUCCUCCUGCACCCUUACACCUGUCAAGAUGCCUGCAGACUACAAUGGGCGGUGGGAGAUGGUGAGCAACGAGAACUUUGAGGAAGUCAUGAAAGCCCUCGACAUUGACUUUGCCACCAGAAAGAUAGCAAACCACUUGCAUCAGACGAAAGUCAUCGUCCAAAACGGAGACAAGUUCGAAACCAAGACUCUGAGCACCUUCAGGAACUACGAGGUCAACUUCACCGUCGGUGAGGAGUUCGAGGAGCACACCAAGGGCCUGGACAACCGAAAAGUCAAGACUCUGGUUACCUGGGAUGGAGACAAGCUGGUGUGUGUCCAGAAGGGCGAGAAGGAAAACCGAGGCUGGACACAUUGGAUUGACGGAGAGGAGCUGCACCUGGAAAUCAGGGUUCUUGAUAAAGUCUGCCACCAGGUGUUUAAGAAGAAGUGAAAAAAAACAAGUUCUUGUUGUCUUUUUAAAUGUGGAGAACUGAAAUAAAACGAUUUAUUACAAUUUAAA